UGCGCUGCCGUGGCCCUGUCACCCCCCCUCCCCAUUGCACACCCCCCCAGCCCAAUUUCCAGCCCUGGACCACGCAUCUCGAGCCCUUACGCGCGGACGGAGGCAACUGUGACUCUCUUUGUCUCAGCCUCUCGCACAUAUUAGAAACAUCUCCCUUUCAUGAAGUUGGGAUGAAGAGGCCAGUUGGAGGUCUGCGUGGUAGAGAGGGAACUCCAGACCGGAGACCCUCCCCUCAGAAGACUUUCUCUUGGAGUUUUCUGCCUAAGAGGGCAGAUAGAUCAUUUGUGCUCCCUUCUUGCCCUACCGGCCUGUCUGAACUGAAGCGAGGGUUCCCUCUGCCGGAUGUUGGAGAGAUUGCAGAUGGGUUGUCCCUGUAUAGAGUCCCAGACCCGAGCUCACUCAGACCUCCCCUGUCUGCCUCCUAACUGCUGGCGCAUGGUCGGUGCAGGGAGUAGAGGGCGCGUCGCAUGAAAACCGACCUGUGUGCACACAAACUCACAGACGCCCCAGCCAAAACUUCUACCCAUUCCGCCAAAAGAUCCUAAAGACUGCAAGACCUACCUUCCCCUUCUGCAGUGGCUCCCCCAUCUCCUCUGAGACACCAUGUUCAACUCAAUGACCCCACCACCAGUCAGUAGCUAUGGUGAGCCGUGCUGUCUCCGUCCCCUCCCCAGCCAAGGGGUCCCCAGUAUGGGGACAGAAGGACUGUCUGGUCUACCCUUCUGCCAUCAAGCCAACUUCAUGUCAGGUCCCCAUGGCUACGGGCCACCUAGAGAGACAAAUAGCUGCACUGAGGGACCACUCUUUCUUCCUCCCCGGAAUGCAGUCAAGCUGACCAAGAAGCGGGCACUCUCCAUCUCACCUCUGUCUGACGCCAGCCUCGAUCUGCAGACAGUCAUCCGUACCUCCCCCAGCUCCCUGGUGGCCUUCAUCAACUCACGUUGCGCAUCUCCAGGAGGCUCCUAUGGCCAUCUCUCCAUUGGCACCAUGAGCCCUUCUCUAGGAUUCCCACCGCAGAUGAGUCACCAAAAAGGAACUACUCCUUCCUGUGGGGUCCAGUCCUGUGGUCCUCAUGAUUCCACUCGGAGUGGAAUGAUGCCGCAUCCUCAAUCCCGAGGACGACCAACCUGCCAGCUGAAGUCAGAGCUGGACAUUCAGGUUGGCAAGUGCCCCGAGGAGCCCUUGGAAGGUGACAUGUCUAGUCCCAACUCCACAGACACACAGGAUCCCUUGCUGGGGAUGCUGGAUGGGCGAGAGGAUCUGGAGAGAGAGGAGAAGCCUGAACCUGAGUCCGUGUAUGAGACUGACUGCCGCUGGGAUGGCUGCAGCCAGGAGUUUGACUCCCAAGAGCAGCUGGUGCACCACAUCAACAGCGAGCACAUCCAUGGGGAGCGGAAGGAAUUCGUGUGCCACUGGGGGGGCUGCUCCCGGGAGCUGAGACCCUUCAAAGCCCAGUACAUGCUGGUGGUGCACAUGCGCAGACACACGGGAGAGAAGCCACACAAGUGCACGUUUGAAGGAUGUCGGAAGUCGUACUCGCGCCUGGAGAACCUGAAGACCCACCUGCGGUCGCACACGGGCGAGAAGCCGUACACGUGCGAGCACGAAGGCUGCAGCAAAGCCUUCAGCAACGCCAGCGACCGGGCCAAGCACCAGAACCGGACCCACUCCAAUGAGAAACCGUAUGUGUGCAAGCUCCCUGGCUGUACCAAGCGCUACACGGAUCCCAGCUCGCUCCGCAAACACGUCAAGACAGUGCAUGGUCCUGAUGCCCACGUGACCAAGAGGCAUCGAGGAGAUGGUCCUUUGCCACGAGCACCAUCCCUUUCCACAGUGGAACCCAAGAGAGAAAGGGAAGGGGGACCCAUCCGGGAAGAGAGCAGACUGACAGUGCCAGAGGGUGCCAUGAAGCCACAACCAAGCCCUGGGGCACAGUCUUCCUGCAGCAGUGACCACUCCCCGGCGGGCAGCGCAGCCAAUACAGACAGUGGUGUGGAAAUGACUGGCAAUGCGGGAGGCAGCACUGAGGACCUGUCUAGCUUGGACGAGGGGCCUUGUGUUGCUGGCACUGGGCUCUCCACUCUACGCCGCCUCGAGAACCUCAGGCUGGACCAACUGCAUCAACUCCGGCCAGUAGGGCCCCGGGGUCUCAAACUGCCCAGCUUGGCCCAUGCUGGCACAUCUGUGUCCCGCCGUCUGGGCCCCUCAGCCUCUCUUGACCGCCGCAGCAGCAGCUCCAGCAGCAUUAGCUCUGCUUAUACUGUCAGCCGACGCUCCUCCCUAGCCUCUCCUUUUCCCCCUGGGUCCCCACCAGAGAAUGGGGCAUCCUCCCUGCCUGGCCUCACAACUGCACAGCAUUACAUGCUCCGGGCAAGGUAUGCGUCGGCCAGGGGAGGUGGUAUCCCACCCACUGCAGCACCCAGCCUGGAUCAUGUGGGUGCUCUUCCUACACCUCCUUGGAGAAGCCGAGUGGAGUAUCCAGGCUACAACCCCAAUGCAGGGGUCACCCGGAGGGCUAGUGACCCAGCCCGAGCUGCUGACCGCCCUGCUCCAGCCAGAGUCCAACGGUUCAAAAGCCUAGGCUGUGUGCACACUCCCCCUGCUGUGGCAACAGGAGGACGGAACUUCGAUCCCCACCUCCCAACGUCUGUCUAUUCGCCACAGCCCCCCAGCAUCACUGAGAACGUUGCCAUGGAUACUCGAGGGCUACGGGAGGAACCGGAGGUUGGGACUUCCAUGAUGGGCAGUGGUCUGAGCCCUUACAUGGACUUCUCAUCUGCCGAUAAUCUGGGAUACGGGGGGCCUGCGGGGACAGCAGCUGAGCCUUACGGAGAUCGAGGUCCAGGUUCCCUGCCCCUUGGGCCUGGCCCACCUACCUUCUACGGCUCUAGUUCCUGCCCCCAGCAGGUCUCCUAUCCUCAUCCCGCCCCAGAAACAUGGGGUGAGUUGCCUUCCCACGCUGGGAUGUACCCGGACACUAAGGCUGCAGGAGGAGCCUAUCCUCAGUGUCCUAGACUGGAACACUUUGGACAAGUGCAGGUGAAGCCAGAGCAAGGGUGCCCAGUGGGCUCUAACUCCACAGGGCUAGCGCCCUGCCUCAAUGCCCACCCCAGUGAGGGGCCCUCAUGCCCACAACCUCCCUUUACCCACUAUGCCCAGCCCCCUCAUCCCCAGUAUUCCCAAUCAGGCUCCUAUCCCCAGCCUCCCUCCGAGUAUCUUCCUUCAGAACCGAGGCCCAGCUUGGAUUUUGAUUCCCCCUCUCAUUGCACGGGACAGCUCAAAGCUCAGCUUGUAUGUAAUUAUGUUCAGUCUCAGCAGGAAUUGCUAUGGGAGGGCAGGAGUCGAGGAGGGCCCCCCAUCCAGGAGCCACCCUACCAGAACCCCAAGUUUCCAGGGAGUUCCCAGGCUAGCCCAAGCCCUGCCAAAGUUCCAGUGGCUACAUAUGAACCUGGCUUUACACCCACCUUGCCCAGUCACAAGUCAGGAUCCUACCCUACCCCUUCACCAUGCCAUGAAAAUUUUUCAGCAGGGGCAAACAGGUCUUCCCAUAGGGCAGUGGCACCACCUCGGCACCUGCCUCCAUUGCCCACUUGCUAUGGGCCCCUCAAAGCAGGAGGCACUAACCCCAGCUGUGGUCACCCUGAGGUGGGCAGGCUAGGAGCAGGCCCUGCCUUGUACCCUCCUCCUGAAGGGCAGGUAUGUAACCCUCUGGACUCUCUUGAUUUGGACAACACUCAGCUGGACUUUGUGGCUAUCCUGGAUGAGGCCCAGGGACUGAGUCCUCCCUCUUCCCAAGAGCAAGGGGACAGCUCUGAACACACCCCACCUUCCCCUGGGACCCCCAACAUGGCUGUGGGCAACAUGAGUGUCUUACUAGGAUCCCUGCCUGGGGAGACACAAUUCCUAAACUCUAGUGCAUAAAGGACAACAUGCCCACCCACAGGAUGUGGUUCCUUCCAUCCCUGCAUGAGGUACCCAGGGAUGGGAGGUAUGGGCUAGGGGCUGUAUUUAGUCUGUACGUCCCAGGGAGAAGUUUUAAUAAUGACACAGUUUUCCUGACAAUAAAGGAAUGCAUCAGAGAGAA